GAAAAAGAGUUGUGGAUACUGUACGCCGUCGUUUUAGGGGCCCCAUCCCCUGCCUGGUUCAACCUGAUAUUGUUCCUAUAAUUCCACUUGUACCCUCGAAUCCAUCUUCUCUUCUCCUCUUUCUCCAACACCUGCAUGAGAGAACACGCCAUCCUGGAAGAACAGCCGGUUUCUCUCUGUAUCUUCCAACCAAAACAUCUCCUUUCGCCACGAAUAUACUUUUUCAUCAAUUGAAUAUACCGACGAAAUAUCGCAGUACGGGAAAAUGGUAUCCGACGCUGACCUCGUGACCCGGCUCCGAGAAAUCCUCCGGAGCUCGGACCUUGACACGGCGACUCCGGGCAGUGUACGGAGGCAACUGGAGAAAGAUUUCAUGGUUGACUUAUCGGACCGUAAAGCUUUUAUUAGUGAGCAAAUCGACAUUUUCCUCCAAACACAACAGCAAGAAACACAGAGUGAAGGAGAAGAUGAUAGAGAGGUGGAAGGAGAAGGGAAUGUGAAAAGAGAAUCAGAGGAAGAAAACGACGCCGUAGGGGAAGAGCAAGAAGAAGAAGAGGAAGAGAGUGAGGACAAUGAUGAUGAACAAACGGGAGGGGCAAAAAAAGUGAAGAAAGAAGUCAAGAGAAGAGGUGGAUUUAACAAACUAUGUAGUCUCUCACCACAGCUUCAAAAAUUCGUCGGAACGCCUCAAUUGCCUAGAACAGAGGUUGUGAAGAAGGUUUGGGCCUACAUCAGGGAGAACAAUUUGCAGGAUCCAAAGAAUAAACGAAAUAUAAUAUGUGAUGAAUCUCUGCAUGCCCUUUUUCGUGUAAAGUCCAUUAAUAUGUUUCAGAUGAACAAGGCCCUGUCAAAGCAUAUUUGGCCAUUAAGCGAGGGAGAUGGGCCCUCAGAGGAGACUGACAAUGCAAAUGAAGAAGAGGAAGAAAGAGAAGAGGAUAAGGAAGGGAGUGAAGAAACAGAGGAAGAGGAAGCGAGCAGUGUACAAGGAAGAAAGAAAGAAGGGCCAGGAAAGGCUGAUAAAGAUGUCAAGAAAAGAGGAGGUGGUUUUACUAAAUUAUGCAGCCUUUCUCCACAACUUCAAAAUUUUCUUGGAGUGCCAGAAUUGGCAAGAACAGAGGUUGUCAAGAGGCUUUGGAGCUAUAUUCGGGAGAAGAAUUUGCAAGAUCCAAAGAACAAACGGAAGAUCAUAUGUGAUGAAUCACUGCAAGCGCUCUUUCAUGUUAAUUCUAUUGAUAUGUUUCAAAUGAAUAAAGCCCUCUCCAAGCACAUAUGGCCCCUAGAUGAGAAAGAUGGAGGCCCAGAUGACUCAGCAGAAAGGAGGAAAAAACAGCCUAAACAGCAGAGGGAAGAAGAUGCUGAUGAGCCAAAGCAAAAAUUAAAAAAACAGAAGAAAGCAGAAGAAAGGGGAAAAGAACAGAAGAAAGGAGCUACUGGUCUUCUUGCUCCCCUUCCACUUUCGGAUGCUCUAGUGAAGUUCAUUGGUACUGGUGAAAAUGCAUUAUCUCGAGGUGAUGUUAUAAAGAGAAUGUGGGACUACAUUAAACAGAAUGAUCUACAGGAUCCAUCAGAUAAGAGGAGAAUCAUAUGUGAUGAUAAGCUGAAAGAACUCUUUGAGGUUGAUUCCUUCCAUGGCUUCUCAGUGUCAAAGCUUCUGACUGCCCAUUUCAUCAAGAAUGAACAGUAAGUAUUGAUGUGAUUAGUAACAGCCCCCACAUGAGAAGACAAAACUUUUGAAUUGAUUAGUAAAAUCCACAGCGCGAGCGCUCUAUAAACUAUCAACGAAAGCAGGG